GAGCCGUCUGCCCUGCCGGUCGGGUGGCUAUUCGACGGCAUACCCCGACCUGACCUCCGUCCAGCUCGGCACUGGCGGGAAGCCAGCCGUGGGCGAUCCCUCUUACAUAUAGAUAAAGAGCCUCGCAUGCGUGCCGUAAUAUGGGAAAUACCACGCAACCACCUCCUUCAACACACACCCUUCCGCUCACGUGGCUGGCCUGGCCUUUUCAACAAGGAAAGCCCAGACAUAGCACACAAUGAUAACGGAUCAGAUAGUGCUGGUUGUCAGCCAACACUGGCUGCCCAUUUCCCUCGCCGUCGUCGUUGCAUGGCUGGUGAGGAACAGGUACCACAAUGGCCUGAACAAGUAUCCGGGCCCGUUCCUGGCCUCCUUGACAGACUGGUGGAGGUUCUUUGAUGUCUACCGACGGCGGCCCGAGAGGACACACAUCGAGCUUCACAGGAAGUACGGUCCUGUCGUCCGUCUCGGGCCCAACACGCUCUCGUUUUCCGAUCCGGAGGCGUUGAAGACCAUCUAUGGGCUGAACAAAGGCUUCAUCAAGUCAGACUUCUAUGUCGUCCAGCAGUCGGUGGUCAAGGGCCACAGCCUGCCCUCGCUGUUCAGCACGACAGACAACGAUUUCCACAUGCAGUUCCGCCGGUGCGUCAACUCGGCCUUUGCCAUGUCGGCCCUGGUGCAGUACGAGCCGUUUGUCGACAACACGACCAAGCUGUUCCUCAAGCAGACCGAGCGGCUGCACAUCGACAAGCCCAAGGCCUGCGACUUCACGCGCUGGCUGCAGUUCUACGCCUUUGACGUCAUUGGCGAGAUCACGUACAGCAAGCGGCACGGCUUCAUCGAGAAGAAUGAGGAUGUCGAUGGCAUUGUUGCGUACCUGACGAAGCUGUUCCUCUAUGUAGCGCCGAUCGGCCAAAUCCCGAUCCUCGACCGCCUCUUCCUCAAAAACCCCAUCUACCUCAAGCUCUCCGAAUGGGGCCUGCUGGACGCCACUUUCCCCGUCGCCAAGUUCGCCCGCGCCCGCAUGGCCGAGCGCCUGCCGCAGAUCCAGAACGGCGAGCCCGUCCUCCCGACCUCCGAGUCCAAAGCGCUCGUCAAGUCGCCCGACCUGCUCUCCAAGUUCAUCGCGGCCCGCGAGGCCCGCCCGGAUUUCAUGACCGACACGCUGGUCCAGACCAUGGCCGUGAGCAUGGCCUUUGCCGGGUCCGAGACGACCGCCAUCUCGCUGUCGGCCGUGUUCUACUACCUGCUCAAGAACCCGCACGCCCUGGCCCGCCUGCGGAAGGAGCUUGAUGACGCGGCGCGCGAGGGGAGGUUCUCGGACUACGAGACCGGGCUCGUGACAUGGCACGAGAGCCAGACGCUUCCCUACCUGGACAUGUGUGUCAAGGAGGCCUUUCGGCUGCACCCUGCCCCGGGCUUGCCUAUGGAGCGGGUCGUGCCCAAGGGGGGGUUGGAGAUUGCCGGGCGGAGGGUCGCGGAGGGGACUAUUGUCGGGUGCUCCGCGUGGGUGCUGCACAGGGACGAAAGGAUUUUCGGUCCGGACGUGGAGGAGUACAGGCCCGAGAGGUGGGAGGUCAAGGGCCCCGGGGACGAGGCGCGGGUCAAGUUGAUGAAUGGCACGAUGCUCCAGUUUGGCAUGGGCAGCCGGACGUGUAUUGGGAAGAAUAUCAGCUUGUUGGAGAUCUAUAAGUUGGUGCCGACCAUGUUGCGGCGGUUUGAGAUCAGCUUCGAUGACCCCAACUCGGAGUGGGAGAUUGUCAAUGCUUGGUUUGUCAAGCAAAACAACUUCAUCACGAGGUUCAGUCUCAGGGAUAUUGUCAUGCCGGAGAAGGGGGCCAAGGCCGCGGAGAAGUGAGGUUUGCUGCAUUCGAUGGGGUUUAUCUGCUUUAGAGGGUUGGGUUGGGUGUCACCUACAUGUACAUAUUGCUUGGGCGAUACGAAUCAAUCAUAGUGUAUUGAAAUGUCAGAUGGGUUGGUCGUCUUAACUCUUCAACAAAUGGUUUUGGAAUACCAAACAUGCCC